AUGACCGGAAGUUGGGAUUGUUAUUUAAAUGGGGCUUAUGAGCUUUGUAGUGUUCGGUCUCGUGCCCCUGGUACCGGCCUCGGCCUCGUGCCCCCGGCACUGGCCUCGGCCUCGUGCCCCCGGCACUGGCCUCGGUCUCGUGCCACCGGCACUGGCCUCGGCCUCGUGCCACCGGCACCGACCUCGGCCUCGUGCCCCCGGCACCGACCUCGGCCUCGUGCCCCCGGCACCGACCUCGGCCUCGUGCCCCCGGCACCGACCUCGGCCUCGUGCCCCCGGCACCGACCUCGGCCUCGUGCCCCCGGCACCGACCUCGGCCUCGUGCCCCCGGCACCGACCUCGGCCUCGUGCCCCCGGCACCGACCUCGGCCUCGUGCCCCCGGCACCGACCUCGGCCUCGUGCCCCCGGCACCGACCUCGGCCUCGUGCCCCCGGCACCGACCUCGGCCUCGUGCCCCCGGCACCGACCUCGGCCUCGUGCCCCCGGCACCGACCUCGGCCUCGUGCCCCCGGCACCGACCUCGGCCUCGUGCCCCCGGCACCGACCUCGGUCUCGUGCCCCCCUGA